AGAGUACAAAAAAAGCCCAAUAGUAAAGAAAGAAGACACCUUUCCUUUCUUCUUCUCCAACAACUUUUACCUACCUUAAAAGCUCCGAACAACAUCUAACCCAAGAUUUUCCCGGGCACCAAAUCGAAAAGUCCAUUCCUUAUCAGUUCGAUUCUCUGUUUCUUGUAGGCGGAUCUAAUUUAGGGAAUCAGCAAACAUGGCACCGAGAAAAAAGUCAUCAAACAUGGUUUGGGUUGUGAAAUCGAAACAACCAGCUAAAACGACAGAAGUCGAAACUGAGAAGAAUACAUCUCUUCUCUCAGAUAGUGUUUCAAAACUGCAGCUGUCUUUGAAAGACCAGCACACAUCAUCCGACUGGUCCAAUCUCCCUGAUGAGCUACUGCGCAUCAUCUCCUCAAAGCUAGAAGACUGUUUCGAUUUUAUCCAUGCCCGCGCUGUUUGCAGCCCGUGGCGAUCCAUCUUCCCCUUUCCUUCUUGGCUACUACGCACAAGCUACUCUCUUCCUUCGUUCGACAGGUUCGGAGGCUUCUGCACCCUCGAGAAGUUCCCUGUCUUCCUCUUCAGAGUCCGUUCUCCGGAAGACGACGACCACGCGUUACCGUCUCAGUUUUUCGUUGGAGGAGUAGGACCAGAUAAGUCCGGGGAUCACAUGGUGACUGCUCCAACCUCGAUCAACGUUGCUGACUGUCAGAUUAUCCCUCUGGGGCAUAGGUGCAGAAUGGUCGGUUACGAUCCUGAUUCAUUAUCAACAGGUUACAGAGGCGUGGCUAUUCUUCCGCUGAACAAUGAGGAAGGAGGAGAGUUCAUUGUGCUUAUCGGUUACUCUCAUCAUAUGUUGGCGUUAAGAAGUACUGAAAUGCGUUGGAUGGAGGUUGAUAAUUGCUCGAGAGCUGAUUGCAUCGAUAUAGUCACCUUCAGAGGCAAAUUCUAUCCGGUCUUCACCAACGGGGACGUAUUCGCCAUCGAUCCUUACACGCUGGAAACGACGCCGCUGAGGCCACCACAGAUCGCGGGGUGUGGAAGACUAAAUUAUCUGGUGCCGUACGGUGACGAUGAGCUUUACCUUGUUGAGAGAAUCAUCGUUCGUAACGGUGUUUUGAGUUUCGCCAAUAUGGCGUGUAGAGUGAGUGUGCUGGAUGAGGAAGCUGGCGAAUGGGUCGUAGUCAGUGAUUUGGGGGACCGUGUGUUGUUGAUUGGACAGCUGGGGAAUAGCUCUGGGAACAGCGCGUGCUCGGCUAAGGAGCUUCCUGAGGGUUGUGGUGUGAGUGGGAGCUCGAUGCUGUUCAUCAAUGAGAUGUUCCAUGAGACUUUUCCUUAUAAAUAUGGAGUGGAUACAGGAAGCCCUGAAGACGACUUGAAUGUUUGGAGAUGUUCGAGAGAGACUCGUGUGACGACCCUCAAUAAGUCUCCCAAUAAGUCUCCCAUGGUGGCUCUCCGGAUUGAGCGCGCUGAGCCGUGAUAUCCUAAUUUGGAUUUACCGGAGAGAUAUGUUGACUUUGUUUUUAAUAUUUUCUUGUGAUUUGAAGCACAAGUAUUCUGAUAUCUGAUGAUAUUCCAGUUUUUAUUAUCUUGAAACUAUGUUGUCUUAAUGAAAAAGGUUUCGUCU